GUUCCUGUGUGUCUCCGUCAGGCCAAGCUCAUCGUCCCCAACAGCACGGCGGGGCUGAUCAUCGGCAAGGGCGGGGCCACGGUGAAGGCGGUGAUGGAGCAGUCGGGCGCGUGGGUGCAGCUCUCCCAGAAGCCCGAGGGCAUCAACCUGCAGGAGCGCGUGGUCACCAUCAGCGGCGAGCCCGAGCAGAACCGCAAGGCGGUGGAGAUCAUCGUGCAGAAGAUCCAGGAGGACCCCCAGAGCUCGUCCUGCCUCAACAUCUCCUACUCCAACAUCUCCGGCCCCGUGGCCAACUCCAACCCCACCGGCUCCCCGUACGCCAACUCGGCCGAGGUCAUGCCCUCCGCCGCUGCCGCCGCCGCCGCCACCCCUUCCCUGCUGGGCCAGGCCAGCCUGACGGGAAUGGGCACCUUCCCCACGGCCAUGUCCAGCUUCUCGGGCAACGACCUGCUGGCCAUCACCUCCGCCCUCAACACCCUGGCCAGCUACGGCUACAACACCAACUCCCUGGGGCUGGGGCUCAACCCCGCCGCCGCCACCGGAGUGCUCGCCGCCGUGGCUGCCAACGCUAACCCAGCCGCCGCCGCCGCCGCUAACUUGUUAGCGUCCUACGCCAACGACGCGUCUGGCGGCGGGGGCCAUCCCGGGGCCCUCGGGGGCUUCUCCCUGGGGUCCCUGGCCGCCGCCACCGGCGCGACCAACGGCUACCUGAGCGCGGCGUCGCCACUGACGGUGUCCUCGCUCAUGGCUCAGGAGAAGCUAGGGGAAGGCGCCAAGGAGGUGGUGGAGAUCGCCGUACCGGAGAACCUGGUGGGAGCCAUCCUGGGGAAGGGCGGGAAGACGCUAGUGGAGUACCAGGAGCUGACCGGCGCCCGCAUCCAGAUCUCCAAGAAGGGCGAGUUCAUCCCCGGCACGCGCAACCGGAAGGUGACCAUCACGGGCUCCCAGGCCGCCACCCAGGCAGCGCAGUACCUGAUCAGCCAGCGAAUCACCUACGAGCAGGGGGUACGCGCCACCAACCCACAGAAGGUGGGCUAAACCUGAUAUCCAAUGAGGAACAAGGAGGAAAAAGAGGAAAAAGUGGGGGCUCGGGGGAGGAAUAUAAGGAAGGAGAGAGAGAGAGUGAGAAAGGGAGAAAAAAAUGUCCGAAUGUCGCAGGAAUCUACGCGUUUUCUUCAGCGUGUUUUCAGUAUUCUCUAUAAAAAAAAAGUUUUUGACCCGGAGGUGGAAAAAAAUGGCGAGAAGACGAGGAAGGAGAGGAGCGAGUAUCACGCUGAAAAACCAAGAAAAAAAAAAGGUGUAAAAUGUAAAUAAGGUUUUAUUACUUACCGUCUUGAUCUAUGGGGAUUUUUUUAUCGUUUUGUUUUUCCGUUUUCGUAAAUGAAGCCGUCCGUCUGUCUGUCUGUCUGUGUAUUGUGCGGACAGAGCUGAAGCCCAUGUAGACCGGCGGGCCGCCCGGGGGGCUGUGGGAGAUUGGGGGAGGGGGGGAGAGGGUGAGGGCUGGGGUUCAGGGGUACCGCCGCCCCCCUACCCUACCCCUGCCCAGCGCUCCACCCAAACAACCCUAUCACGGUCCUCCCUCCCCCCCAAACACACACACACACACACACACACACACACACUUGUUUAUCGCCCACCAAAAAAGUUUUUUUUUUUAUGUUCUAGAGUUGAUUCACCCCUUAGGCCCUGCCCCUCCAACCCCUCCCCCCCCCCCCCCCCCCCCCCAGAAACCCCUCAGUGCUGGCCCCUCCCACCUAACAGGGGGGGGAGGGGAUAACGAACAAGACUUUAUAAACAGCUGCGUGUAAAAGUGAAGGAAAGUUCGCCCCCCUGCAACGCACCAAUAAACCCUCCUUAUCCAACCCCUCCUCUUCCUCCAGUCUGGCUCCACUCCCAGGCCCCGAUCUCCACCUCCUACUGGCAGGGUGGAGGGAGGGUGGAGGAGGAGAGACGGAAGGGUGGAUAAUGAGGGCCGAGUGUCCGCUGGGGGUUUUCCUUCACUCUCACACCUCCUGCGGUCCGUGCAACACCUCCUGCUGGAGGCAUGGCAGCCCAUCCCGCCCGCCACCUGGUGUUUUUUGGGUCAGUGCCGAAGGCGCACGUUGAUGACCUCACGUAGUCGGAAGUUUCUAGAACGACGAGAGCGAUACUGUGCGAGCUGCGGCCGAUUGCACAGAAACUUUUGUGCGGUGUUUUGGGUUUCUGUCGGGCGGCAGGAUCACGUUUUUGGCAGUCUGCUAUAAUGAGAAUUGUUUGUCAUGGUUAUGCUAUGAUAGAAAUCAUCAUCACCACUGUCAUUAUUUAUUAAUACAAGUUCACCCAUACAAAACAACUUUUUUUUUCCUGAAAUCUGUGAAUUCAGGUUGACAUGAAUGUAAAUGAGAAUAUUUUUUUGAUUUGAGAUUUUGUUUUAUUUAAGUUCGAGUGCAGGUGAACAGUUAUGUCACAUAGUGUAAUAUAUGUCUUAUUUAAGUCCAGUGUAAAAGCCUCUCGAGAGACAAAGAUUGAUGAAGAAUCUAAUAUAUCCAGUCAAAGAAUAGUACAGGGAACACACACACACACACACACACAAACACACACACGCACGUGCACUGAAGUGAAACACUAUAACGCCAUCGUGGUGCUUGAAAAGGGAAUCCAACAUUUCUAUCAGCCAGCGACUAAAAAACUCUAACUCUGCACCUAUUGCACUCCCAUGUUGUUUUGUCUGGACUAAAGAUCAGAGUCCGUUACUGGUCUAGGCUAGCGCAUGGCUAAACUAAAGAUUACAUUUAAAUGGAAGUUAAAUCAGUUCCAAGUUUUCCAUCGAGGGCUAAAAUUGUCAGCCACAUUUAGCCCCAUUGUGUCACGCCCGUAGACCUGCUAUUCUGAGACGCUGUGUACUCUGGCAUCAGAGCAGAAUAGCCAUGCUUAUCCUUUCCCUUAUCGACAACUGCCCUAUAGCGGAGAAGGAAAAGGGUAGCCUUGAGCUAUUUGGUUGGAUUUAGUUCCAUUUUUUUAGCUUCAGGCCGAACAGGUCUCCCGUCGGGUGAUAAUCGCUGGCCGUUCUCUGCCCACUGCGGCCGCUGAGGAUUCUGGGGACUUUUGGCGUUGUUUGUGUUUUUCGCUCUGGGGGUGGGGGAAGGGUGUAUUUUUAUUUAUUUGAUGUGUUUUUUUUAUAUACUCGGAGUACACUGAAUUUGUAUCUUAAUGCACUGUGAAGGGAGGGACUGGGUCCUCUCGGCCAGUUUAGUCGGAGCUGGUGGCCGUCGAGUACAUCGCCAUCGCCGGGAUGAUUCCCAUGUGGCAGGAACACACACACACUCUCACACACAAGCACACACACACACACAUGUACACGUACAUAUACAGGACACAUAUGUCUGACCAACGUGAAGGGCAGGGAAGCAGUGCACAUCCAGAGGACAACGAGUGGCUCGGUCAAUGAGAGGAGAAUCAGUGAACAAACGGCAUCGAUUAAAGAGAAAAAAGGGAUUUGUAUUUUGCAUAGCGUCAUGGAGAGACGUUUUUUUUUCAAAUGAAAGGUUGGGGCAUGAGGAGAGGGUUGGGUGUCACUACCAAUAAAAACAAUAACAACUGAUUUGUUUACUCGCCAACUUGUCCUUUCUGCCUGUUUCUGACAGGUAGAAAGGAUAGCGUUUGAAUCCCACGGGCAAAAUCCCCCGACAACAAUUCGCACUUCUUCAAACAGAGUGGAAGUGCGACAGAAUGUCAAGCCAAUUUCAAGGGGGAUGCGUGUUCUGUCUGAUUGGCCCUAUGAAGUAUGUCUGGGAGGGGGGCAACUUUCCCUCCAAAGAAACACAUCAAACAUUUAAACGUAACCAAUCCGAUCCAACGCCAACGUCAAAAUCGAACAAAAAUUCAAUCCAAUCGGAUCCAACGUCCCGGCCGCGGCACCCGUAGUGACGGUUCUGUCAGAGUGCCAGUGAGGAACAUAUCUCCCACGCUUGGUAAGGAGCCUUCUUUACUCCAUCCAUUCACACCUCCACACUCUGCACCUCCUCCUCUUCCUCCAGUACACCCCCCCCAUCCUCUCACCCAGAUCCCCCCUCCCUCCACUCUCCUCCAAUCACAUCGCUCCAUGGGUGACUAUGUCUGGUGUUAUGAUCAAUGCAUGUCUGCUGCUUGACCUCACUAAACUGAGAUGGCAACCAAACCUUUGAAAACCCACCUCAGAUGUUGGGUCUCAUGGCUCCCGUGAUCGAAGCAGUCCGUCCUCUGACUGGAAGGUGGCAGUUUAGCCUGGCAGGGGCUGUCCAGGAAUGGGGCUUUGCCCAAGAUCAGAGGAGAAGUUGUUGAUUUUUUGGAUAUACAGUUCGCACACAACCAUAGAAGUUGCACAUUGAAGGAAUAAAAGAAUAGACAAUACACAGCUGGAUUUUGUCAUUGACAGGGAUUUUGACUGGAUUUAUAUUAGAUAAUAUUGCUCAGGCUGUUUGUUGAACAGAUGGUCCACUGCGAAAGAGUUCUGUGCUGUAUCUGUACCGGUAGGGAUAGACAUGGUUAUUCUUUGAACGUGCUAGUGAAUAUUCAGUUGAAAGUUGGCUAUUUAAUAGCAGACCGCUGGUUAAAGCCUGGUUUUGGUCAAGCCGUCUAAGCGUACAUAUGGCAGGUUAUUUUUGUACACAAUUGGCCCCAAAACCCGUCGUUCUGAUAUCGAUCUUGCACCAUAACCCCUAACAUCUAUUGUGUGGCAAAAAGACGGUUUAAAGACCAUUCAUGCGUCCAAUUGAAUGUAUAGAUACAGCAUGGAAUGGCUUGUUUCAGUGGAAGAGAUGCACUAGUUAGCUCGCGGCUGUAGAUCAAAUACGUACAUGAAUAAGGGAUGGCUUUAUUUGUUCGUUCAUUACUUAAAUGUAGUAAGAAUGCUGGGGUUUCAAGGCCAUUUUAUUUCAACUGAAUAAAACAUAAUGUGAUGAGUACUGGAAGCAAUACACGUAGUGGCAUGUUGUGUUGUCCUGUUCCUCCGCCUCUAUCAGCCGUAGAAGCUCAUGGGAACUUUCUGGUAGAUGUAUAAAUAGGUUUACACUAUCUCUCUUUUUUUUUGUGGAAAGAUGCUGCUAUUUAAUAAUAAGUGAUGUACUAAACAUACACGGUUAAAACAUAUCGGAGCCGAUGUUUAAAGAGGUUAGUUAGCAGAGGCUGUGUAACUAACGCAUUGUUAUAACCUGAUCAUCAUAAGAUUAAUGAUAGCAUAAUUAUUACCUGAACAACUACAACCUGUGCCAAAAUAGAUCGUUACGGUGUAAAACUGUAAAUGUGUUGAUUUAAAAAUGUUAGAUAAGAGGAAACAUACUUUUAUAUAAAAAUGUGAAAAGUGCCAAACAAAUAAUUUACAUAGGAAGGGGGAUAGUUUCCACGGUGAUAGUUUCCACGGUGAUUUCUAAUAGGCAACCCAGCGGAAAAAGCGUCUCUGUAUGAUUGUUUGUUAAAGCCCUCUUUGUUACCUGCCAUGAGAAGAGAAAACCACCAUGUGUUAGCAACGUUUAAGUCCUCUGGAAACUACCUUUCCCAGAAAGCCACAGCACUAAGACCCUGGGGCUGAUGAAGAUGGCGAUAGGUUAACAUUACAAUGCUACAAAUGUGACUAGCUGGCAUUCUUAAAUACAGCCUUUUAUAGUUAUGAUGAAAAUGUAAUUUGUGGAUUAGAUGUUAUCUUUUUUGCACGUCUAUAUUGCAUGAUAUCAAAGUGACGCGUGGACAAAAAAAGAAGAAAAAAAUGUAGGCAUUGUGUAUCGUUCAUUUUAUCAGAGACAAAUCUUUGCAUGCCGAUAAGGAAAGAGCAUUUUGAUAUUCUUUUACAUAUUUUAAAACGUCUGUUGUUCAUUGCGGGAACUAAGAUAACUUUACUGGCCAUUGAACAAAAUGUUGAUUUUUGAUAUCAUCGCAAUGGCUAUUUUAUCUUUAAGAUGCCUAGGCAUUUAAUCAUCCUCAGAGUAAUACAAACAAUUUCCUUAGAUCAAAAUUAAGACUAUUUUGUUAUCGGUAAAGUAAGCGUCUACUAUGCUUUCUGAUUAAGUUGUGAAAUCUAGAUGAGGUUUUUUUCCUGGAAGAUUGAGAUUAUCCAUGAAUGUAGCGUAUGUUUGCAUCUCACUCACACCAUUUACAUGCAGUGGAGGCUUCAUUAACAUUCUGUAACUUGUACUACUAACACAAAACAAGCUGUUUCAAAGUCUAUUUUCCCCUCCAGUUUUUUAGCAUGUGUCCUUUUGUUUCCUCUAAGCUUUGCCUUGUCCUUUCGUUGAUGUGUAUCGUUAUUGACCUCCGGGUUGCCACGCAAACCCCCCCCACCCCCAUCUUCAGCACGAGAGCUAUCGAUGCAGUGUGGCUACAUUCUUUAGCAUUUGUGAGUGGUGAAGGAGAGAGAGAGAGAGAGAGAAAGAGAUAAGUACACUUUGUAACUGCCCUCUUUUGGUUCUAUCCUACACCCUUAAGACCAAGUGAGAAGCGUGGUUGGUGGUUGUUUAUCCAUAUCUUCAGCUCAACAUUGUCAGUUGGAGGAUAUAUUUUCGACCAGCCUGCGCCAAAACUGCACACCGUAAGCCUAGUGUGUGAUACCAUUCGAAGCCGACCAUGGAAGUGUUUUCACCAUAGUGUGAUUCAGAGGUGCUUACUCUCUCUCGCUUGCUCUCCCUCUCUCUACAAACGCUCUCUCCCUGUCUAUCUUUCCUUCUCUUUCUUGUCAGCGCUUCCACACAUCAUCCAGGGGGUCUUCAAAUCGUUCUGAACCCAUUCUGUGUUGUGGAAGAUGUCAGGCCAUUGUUGUGGUGCAGUUGAAUGCAGCUUAGCUGACGAGUCAUGUUUUUACCUGUGUGUGACACAUAGAGGAUUCUCAACAUGAGCACCCCCCCCCCCCCCUCCAAGACAACUUGAUUGCUUCUCUGUGGGUGUGGCUCUUUGACAUAGACCUCCACCCCUCUCCAGCACACCAACAGCUCAACUCCUACCCCACCCAGCCUCACCUACACCCACUCACCCACACCUACCAGUGACCCCACCCUUCCAACCCCCACCCACCAACACAUCCUCAAGCACCCCACCCUCUUCCCCACCACUGCAGAAAAAACAAAUGGGUUACCGCUCAACCUCUGUACCAUCGAAACCACCAGCAAGUAUAUAGACUGCAUUUGUCAUGGCACUGUCUCUCUCUCACCUUUCCUCUCUCUCUUUUUAUUGUUCUUGGGGGGGGGGGGGGGGGGGGGGAUUUGAUUUACAUUAUAUGCUGUCUUUAACCUACAUCACUUUUAACAAAAUGCCAUUUAUGUGUGUAGCCUGUUUCCUCCUCCCGCCCUACUGUAUUCUACACUCUUUUUUGCACUUUCACUGCCCCCCCCACCAUCACCAUCCCUCUCAAAACUUUUCCGAUAACCCCCGACACACACAUGCUCCAACCCGCCCUCCCACCUCACGUUGCUCCAGAGUGCCAAAAUAGAACAGAAGCAAAACAAAAAAGACGAAACGUUAUUCAAAAAAAAUAAUAAUAAUGAGGGGGGAAAAAAAAAAAGACGACGACGACGACGACGUGACCAUGCCGAGCGUUCCUCUCCGUUGACCCCGUGUGCUCGGAAAUCCAUCCCAGGAGGCACCCAUGAAGUCAGCAUGCUCAGCCCUCAUAACAUGAUGUCCCUCAUGACACUGCGAUUGAGAAACUACCCCGCCUACCCCCCCCCCCCCUCCACCCCCAAACUGCCCACCUACCCCCCACCCCACCCCACCCACACUCAACCAACCAACCACCACUUUCCUCCUUCUUCCCCCCCCGCCCUCUUUCAGAGCUAUACCCCGCCCCCCUCCGAGAAAGGAUAAACCUAUCAGCUGUCCUGUCCUCUCUACCAGCCCGCCUCUCUUAAAGCCUGACCGUUCAUCCCAGCUGCUUUCCAACUUUCCAACUUCAAACCGUCAUCCGUUCAGCCUGUGGGACUCAUCGAGUGUGUGCCAUAACGUUACGAGGGGGCACCUUUCACUCUUCUCACCCCCCACCCCCCACUUCCUCUCCUCCCCACACACCCCCUCCUCCCCCCCCCCCCCACUCCCACCAGAGUCUCUCGCUCUCGCUCCAUUUGAUUUUUCUCGAUUGGGGAAAAGAUUCAAAACAAAUCCAUUUUUUUUUUUCCUAAUGAUGAUUUUUUUAUUUUGUUAUGUUUUCGUUGUUGUUGUCGCCGUUUUAAAACAUUCAAACCGCACACGCCGGCACACGCACCAUCCCUGCGCGUCGCGGGAGGAGUGCAUCCACCGUCAGCUGCGCAGCCAUCCUCUGUCUUCUUGAACUUUGAACUUUCACCCCCCUUCAUGAACUUAAUUGACCUUCUUCCUCCUCCUCCUCCUCCUCCUCCCUUCUGUGUUCAUCCAACUGUUCGGACGAUAACGCUCCAUUCCAUCCCUCCCCCACAAAAAAAACCACCUCUCGGAGAUUGUGCAAUGCUAGCUGAUACGAUUUGGAUUUUUUUGUUUGUUUGUUCCUUGCUCAUCAUUGGGGACAAUUCUGAGAUAAAAGAGAAAAAUCUGAAAAAGAAAUGCAGACAAACAAAAAAAAGAAUAACACUAAAUAAUUGUUUCUCCACAAUUUUUAUUUUUUUUCUCUCACAUUGUAAAUAUUUUGUCCGAUUUUAUUUGCUGAGCUGUAAAGAAAGGUCUGUUGAGCAGAAAGGGGCGGGCAGCAUAAAGAGUAACGAAAAAGGCGGGAAUCAUUACACUGUCAUUGCCUGUAUCGGCUAGUUAGGUCUGCCUGUAUAAUCGGCUAUGCUAGUUCUACUGUGUUAACCUGUGCUGUUGUUAUUAGUGUUGAUUUACCUACUGUAUUCGCUGUUUAGCUUUCAUGUUAGCUAGCAAAAUCUUUAGAUGACUGUGCUGAUCUAAUACUAUUACUAACCUUAAGACGUAGUUCGAGCCAUUCUCAAAAAUCGGCUUGCUUUGUACAUUCGUUAAUGUUCUCCUGCCAGUGAGUCCGAGUGACACUAGUACAUUUUGUUCAUCAAGCCAUUUUUCUUGAAACGCUUGGUCGUGUUAGAGACAUAUCAACAUGGAAAACAGGUAGACUCAACUUAUCGUCUGACCAGAAAGCAGAAAAACAAAAAAAAGAAACUCCACGCUUCUGGGGAAGAAAUGACGGAAGAACCUGAGCUGCUGUCUCUCGUGCAAUAAAGUCCUAGUUUACAUAAUGUAGAACGAUAGCUCACGUUAGCUUACGUUAGCUUACGAUAUCUUAGGAAUGAUAACCGCCGCGGGUGGCCUGCCGGUGCCUGCUCAAAACCGGUGAGAAUCGUUCUAGUUGCAUAUCUGUUUUGAAAUCUUUAACCGAGACGAUUGAAAGUAUUAAAGUGACUGCGUUUAGACUAGAGUAGACGCCGCCCGCAUCAUCAUCGCUUCGCUCUGAGCUCCACUCAUGGUUUAUGCUGCCUGCCCCAUGCCCGAACCACAACAUUAGCUAUUUAUUUCUCAGAAAUAUGACUAUGAUAUCAUUAAAUAAAUAACAAGGCAACGAGUUUAAAGGGAACGACUGGAAAAAGGUGAAUUAAUAAUAUUAUUGUUUUAUUUUUUGUUUUUGUUAAUUUUUUUAGUAUUUUAGUGGUUGCUUUUAACAACAUUCAUUGACUGACUUAAAGAGUAUUGAAUAUUUAAUGUAAUUGUAGCAUUGUGUUUGUAAAGAGAAAAAAACCUAGUGAGUUGUGUUUAUGUGGAUGACCAGUGAAGUGGGCAAUCUAGUGCUUAUAAUAUGAGGUUCUUUUUUUAAGGAUUCCUAUUUUGCGACAGCAACAGCAGUCAUUAUAAAUGUUCAUUUUAGCAUCACCUGUCUUCUGUUGUCUUAUUCUCCACCUUCCACUACACUCUGCAUCAUCACAGUAACACAUCGCAAAGUCUGGGGAUGGAGGGAAGGGUGUGUGUGAGUGUGUGUGUGUGUGUGUGUGUGUGUGUGUGUGUGUGUGUGUGUGUGUGUGUGUGUGUGUGUGUGUGUGUGUGUGUUUGUGUGUGUACGUGUGUGCUUAUGUUUGUGUAAGGUAUGUAUGAUUUGUGUUUGUAUGCGUGCAUGUGGUAGGAUUUUUGUGUAUGUGUCUGUAUGUGUGUUUCUGUGUGUGUGUGUGUGUGUUUCUGUGUGUGUGUGUGUGUGUGUGUGUGUGUGUGAGGGCAGAGCUUGGGGAGGGUGUCCAAUGUCUACCAAAAGCUAACCCUUCUCAGGCUUCCAUAUACCAUGAUGGAACUUCCUGUCGGUAUAGCUGUAAACCCUCAUCAUGUGAUCUGACCCAACUCGAACCGUCCAUAACCCCUUCAGUCACCUGACCAACCAAACCAACCAAUCACUGUCCACCACCCGCCACAACACCCCCCCUCCCCCCCUUUUCCAGCCCUUGCGCCAUCCUUUUGCUACACGCCACCUCAGCCCCAUGUGAUGUUUUCCAUCAAUAACAUACUACCGUCACACUCGACUGGUACAUGAGCUCAGACCUGGGGAGGAUUGCACUUUUUAAAGAAAAUGUCAGAAUAUGCCUGAGCGUUUUUCCAAAAAAAUUAAAAUUAAAAUUUGUCGAGUUGGCCGAAAGGGAAACCUCAGCUUCUCCCACACUGGAUUUUGUAUUUAUUUAGUUAUCCAUUUGUACCUGCUGUACAGGGCAGGAUUAAAGUAUUUGUUUUAAUAACACAAUCAAAACCCCCUUUUGAACCAAUAUGUAUUUUCCCCAGGUCUGCCUAUUACAUUACUGUUCAUACUAUACUGUGCGUGCUACAUACUACCUUAGCAGGUCCGAACUCCACAUUAACCUGUCACCAUGCCAACCACCGAGGAGCUAGUUGCAUGGCAACCUGCUUCCCACACAACCAACCAACCUACCAGCCACCCAUCUUCCUUGACUGCAGAGGCCACGCCCACUUGACUAUGAAGGUUCCGUAGGAGGAGAGAGAGGUAGAGGAGCAGGGACAGGAGAACAGAGAGAUAGAGAUAGAUAGAUGUGAUUCUCAGGGUGUCUUGAACAGAUGUAACUGUUUUAGUCUGUCCCCCAGACUCUGAAUGGUGUCCUGUUGCACCUUAACGAGCCCAAAGACAAUUAAUGACCUUCCGUGAUUAUUAUUAAAAAAAGAAAGAAAUUCUGUGUAAUGUACGAUUGACUACUGACCAAUUUCUCUCGAAAAAAUCAGUCGAUUGAUAGUAUUGAUUGAUUAAAUCUCCUGAGAGAGAUAGAGGGACGCCACACAGCCAUCCAGCUCGAUGCUGGCCGGGGGCGCUUUUCCUUUUUGUUUACAACUCCAAACUUGACCAACAACGCUGUUGAAAGAAUGUGUAGGACUUUGGCAAAAAAAAAAAAGAAAUGAAAAAGAAAGAAAGUGAAAAAAAAAUAACAACAAGACAAAUCUCUCUGAGGAGGCGUACUUAUUUCUAAAUGAUGAAACUUUUUUCGCUUACUUUUUUCUCAAUGUGACAUGAGAUAAUGUACUUGUUUCCAGUCAUUGCAUGUGGCUAUUUUUUAUUUGCAAUGAAAAUGUUCGAAUGGAUGGUACAUCUGUGACGUCGGUGAAACGUGGAGACUUCCAGGCUAUGAGGAUUUUAAUGUCAGUGUCUUCAAAAAAAAAACAGUGUUUUUUCAUGUGAGGAGCGCUUAUGGACCAAUGAAUGCUAAAUGUGUGCUCAUUCAAAGCUGUAAGGUUUUGUUUGUUUGUACAUGGUUAUGGGUAAAAAAAAUAAUAAACCACUCAAGCAAAUGUC